AUGAACCGCGUGUGGCCAGCUGGUACCAAUUGUGCUUGUUGCUUCCCUCAGGAGAGCAGUGCUUGGAGCUCCGCCUCCUCCGCGGGAAGGCAGGGCCGGGAGCGCGUCCCUCUUGCUUUCCCCGCUUACUAGCUCUACGGCGAUCCAAGGGGCGUCGGGAGGCCGCCUUUCCCGCGCCUUUGAUUGGCUGUGGCCCCACGGAGCAGGCGCGGGACAGGGAGCGGGCGGAGCUCUCUCGCGGAGCGGCGCCUGGCCGCGCGGGUCCUUGCGCCGGCCCGUCUCCUCCGCCCCCCGCGCAGCGCCGCCCGCCCGCCGUCCUCGGGGCGGGAGCGAAGGCGCGCCUCUCCGGGGAUCCCCAAGCCGGGCCUCACCGUCGCCUCGCCGGACGAGACUGGCAGGUAGGGACGCGGACGAGGCUUUCGAGCUGCAGGCGUCGCUUUCUGAGGGGCGCGCGGGCCAGACGCGGCCCGUCGUGGCGCCCCCGGCCUCCCCUUCCGGAGUCAAGGCCCGGGGCAGGAUUCCGCCGAAGGAGCGCUCUUCUCUUCAGAGCGGAGCCCGUCCCGGCUGCCUUCCUGGCAAGAAAGCCGAGUCAGGUGCUGCCGCAUAAAAGACUCGAAGUCAGAAGGGGUGGUUUGCACUGCAGCCAAGUUAACAGGCAGGAGCGUUUUGGUGGCUGGUGAUAGAAGUUACAGAUGCGUACAAAUUAUAAACGCAGUGCUGGCCUAACUUGACAGUUUCACUAUUCAAGCUCUUGCAGGAUACGUCCAUAUGUUCAAGUGACAUGGCAACCAUUUCUCUCCCGUAUGUCCAUUUGUGAACCCCUUUUCUCUCCUAAAACAAUCAUUUAAACUUGUUAAAAGAACCAAAAUAUAUUUUAUUUAUCCUUAAGCUAUGUCUGAAAGAAAUUAGAAAUGUCACAUUUUUAGAUGGGCAGCUAAGACAGGAAUGUACUCAAAUCUGUUUAGCAGUGUGUAAUUAGCACUCUAUAUCUUCCUUAAUGGUUCAAACGAUGUAACAUAUUCUGAUUUAAAAUGGAACCCCAAACCAGUAGUGUCUGAUGGGGACUGGGGCUGUGGUUGUGUUUAGCUUGGGGCGGAGAAGAUUAAGGGGGACAUGAUGAUAAUGCUUUUUAAAUAUCUGAAAAUCUGCUCUAGAAGGCAAAUCCAGAGCCAGUAGGUGGAAACUACAGGGAAGCAUAUUUUGGCUAGCAGAGCAGACAGCAGUGGGAGACAGCGGGCUCUGCUGCCCUAGAGGUUUGCCUGUGUAGUGGCAUCCUGCCCUGAGCAAAAGGGCUGUCAGACUAUGGGACUUGGACUACCAUACUUUCCAACACCAUGGUUUGCAUUCAGCAAUGUCCUGUUCAGGGUAACCCCAUGGAAAUGAAUGAACCUAAGUGGGUCAUGUCCAUGGUUCUACUCUGAGGAGGAAUAGUGUUGAGCCCCAUCCUUUGAGUCUAGUGAGAUGCUUGAAUCACUUUAUGUUUUGUGCAAACAAAUGCUUUGAUUUCCUGGGGAAAUGUCGUGCUCUGAGUUUUUUUAUGUCAAAACCUCUUUAUGCCGGGAGUGGGGGGGCAGAGGAAAAGUGGUCAGAACCACAAGUGUGACAUUUUCCUUUGUACAGUAGGGUACUCAGAUACCCCACACACUUGGACAUCCCCCAGUGUGGGGCGGGCAUGUCCAAAGCCUGUUUCCGGGGCCUAAUCUGGCCCACCUGUUGAUUUAAUCUGGCCCCCGUGGCAGUAUAUGUCCUGGGGUAAAACCCUUAAAAAACUUUGGUGUAAAAUUGUAAAAAAAUUCAACAACUGCAAUCCUAAAUAUAUAAAAAAAUAAAAAAAACACUUCUUCAGAUACACUGAAACAGAAGUCACCAGACCCUUAUAUAUAGUGGGGUGGGGUGGGGUGGGGUUUUUUUCAGGCGGGUAGUAGGAGAUGGGUGAUAGACUCAAUGGUUAUGGUAAAUCACCCAUCUCUUUGUGUGCAUGCACACAAAAGCUUAUACCAAGAACAAACUUAGUUGGUCUCUAAGGUGUUACUAGACAAUUUUAAAAUUUUUUAAAUAUAUAUUUCGACUGUGUCAGACCAAUACAGCUACCUACCUGAAUUUUCAAUCCUAAAAGCAGCUCAACAACUUUGGGGUCAACUUCAAUCCUAAAAAUAAAAAGCUCAACAAUUUUGGUCGGCCCUCAUGCGUGUUCACUUCAUCAGAUCUGGCCCUCUUUGAAAAAAGUUUGGACACCCCUGGUGUAGGGGAACAAAAAGCAUGAGCAGAAUUCAAGGCCUGGCAAAAACACGGACCCUACUUAGUACCCUCUUUGAGCAAAGGAUGUGGCUGUGAAUGGGGAGAGAAUCCUAAGGGCCAAAUAGAGAGGUCUGGAGUGCUGCAUUUGGUCUCUGCGCUUGACAUUCCUCAUCCCUGAAAUAAACCGAGGCCCAUUUUGGGCCAGCGGAUAGAGCCUGGGUUUGGGAGGCUGAGGAUGCCUCUUUGCCACAUGCAGGUGGUGACCCAGUUACCAGUCUUUUCCAGUUAGCCUCCUUUUUUGUUACAUCAUCACUUGCCUUGGUCCACAUGUUUCUAGCCUAGUGUCUGGAGCCACACAGAUGUGUUGGCUACUUGUUUCCUGAAUUUUAGUGUCUUUCAUAUGUUGCAAUUCCCAGCAGCCCUUGCAGGGAAUUACAGAGUGUACAGAACAUGCUUCAUGUGACAUUAUCUCAAAGGUUUGUGCUGCACACUGGUUUUAUCAGCUCAGCUCCUUCUGUGUGCAACAAGGUAAGAUUUUUAAAAAACAAUACUGAGAUAUGGAAACAACUUUUGUCACUCCUGGUAUUACAGAGAGUUAAAGCUUUAGGUUUGAAACAUACUUGACAGUCUACCUUUUGUUUCAUAUAAACAUGGUUGUCUCUGUUUAACUUUCAAUACCACUAAACUUGCAGGAUUUCUUGUUUUGACCUGGUUUGUAUGCUAGCAUUGUUGGGUCAUUUCAGAGAUGUCAUCUGAGCAAUGGCAACAAAGCUCGCUUUUGAUGUUUGUGCUGCUGCUUUGCAACAGUGGAAUGCCAUUUCUCAAGCCUUUUCAUGUUCUAUUCAGCACUAUUAGUAAGUCUCUAUAGCAAUGUUGUGAAGGCUGCCCGCACAGGCUUAGCUGACGUUUUUGUUCAAAAUGAAAUGGCAGCUGCAACUCUGGCAACUCCCUGUAGAUAUGAGAAGGCAAAGAGUAGUGGACGGUCUGUAUGGGAUAGUAACUCCCUCUCUGCUUUGGGAAUGGGCUGGUGGGUUAACAAGUGCAUCAGGAGAUGUGCGACUGCUACCUCUGAUUAUUUGCAGGGCUGCCUAGGAAUACAUCCCUGCAGCUGUACUACACACAUGUGUAAAUCUGUGUAACCCAGAGUUAGGCAUCUCUGUGUCUGCACCACAAUAUAGAAAUAGGUUUUCCAUAUCUGAAAAUCCAGUCUUUCUAUCCUUUCUUCUCUUCCAGGUGACUCCAUGA